CGGGGACGUCCAUUUUGUUUAGCCUAGCUAGCCUGGCUAACGUCGCAUUACCGGCUGCAGAGAUGGAUGACGGCGACGAGCCGGGGAUAGUUCUCUCCCACAACUCUUCUUCAGGCUCCAAGUCGAGCGGGGACAAGAUGUUUUCCCUCAAGAAGUGGAACGCGGUAGCUAUGUGGAGCUGGGACGUCGAGUGUGAUACGUGUGCUAUUUGUCGGGUACAAGUGAUGGACGCGUGUCUGCGGUGCCAGGCGGAAAACAAACAGGAGGACUGUGUCGUUGUAUGGGGCGAGUGCAACCACUCCUUCCAUAACUGCUGCAUGUCCCUUUGGGUGAAGCAGAACAACCGCUGCCCACUCUGCCAACAGGACUGGGUGGUUCAGAGAAUCGGCAAAUAAGCUCCCAGUCCGGGCGGCCCCGGGUUUCCAACGACACCUUUUGUGCACCCGAAAGUGGUGACAGACCUGACAGUGAUCACUGCGGCGUCCUGUGCAGAGAGCCACUGACCCCCACAACUGUCGUCCUUCUUAUGAAUGAAUGAAUGAAGGAAUGUAUGUAUGCAUGCAUGAAUGCAUGUUCCAGUAGUCCUGGUUCCCAAGUUGGAAGGUGGACUAAAUUAAAGCAGAUUUGUUGUUCACUGAUGGGUGGAUGUGGCUCAGGACCUAUCGUGAAGAGAAGAAGUAACCUCGUUACGGUGUUUGGUCACAUGUUAACUUGACAUUACUGUCUGUGGUGGUGUUCAGAAGAUCCUGAAUAUGUGUCUUUUUAAAUAAUAAAGAACUGUAUAUAGCUGUA